ACUGCAUUUCCCAGCUGAGCUGAGGAACAUGAGAAACAGCCUGUGUGUUCGCCCCUGGAACGACGUCCUGCUCGUGUCUGUGAUGAAGGGGCAGAACGUGUCAGGCGUGCGUAAGGACAAAGGCAAGAAAGACGUCCUGGCUGAACAGAUUUCUGUGAUUCUGCUGAGGAUGGAGCUACUGCAGCAUCAGCGCAGGUACAGAGAGCUGUGUCGAUAUUUACGAGUCGUCCAGACAGACGACAUUGCACAGUUCCAGCAGAUACAAGACCUCAUCCCCUACUUCAUGUGCAUGGCUGGAGACUUUUCAUCAGCUCUCACAAGUUUGUUCCCCUCGGUGAACGCUCCCGCUUCCCGCUUUACUCCGGACCUCUUCCUCUUUUAUCUCAAAGUCUUUGAAACAGCGACUGCACCACAGCUGACACCAGUCAGUAAACCGGGAGAGAUCUGCUGUCCUGGCGCAGCGUGGGAGUCUAUUAAAGAUGCUGUGCCGCUGAAACGUCAUGAGCUGGUGAGGUUUGCUCUCAGGGCUCAGGGAUGCUGCAGUGCUGUAUACGCUGAUUCUCGGUGUUGGACCAGUUUGCUCACGAUUGUCAACAAGCCUUGUGGUUCACUCACUGCUUUACCCAUGCCCAGUCUGCAGUUUCUGCAGGAAGCGCGGGAUGUUGUGAAAGGGAUAUUGCUUGAUCAGAAGGGCUCCAAUAUGCAGAUCCCACGAUCCUUGCAUGAGGUGUAUCCAGAUCAGGCCUUGCUCCUGUUGGUGACGGAAGCUUUGAGCCAAAGAAUCCUCGAUUCCGUUUUGUAUCCGAUCCUACCUGUGCUCAACACCUUUAAGGAGAAUUCAUGGGCCUUUAGGUGGCUUUGUGAAAGUUUUUCCUCCAAUGAAGAACAUCUGAAAAGAUUCUUUCAGGGGAUUGCACAGGAGAGGGAAAACAGCAGUGCAUCCUGAUUGCACAUACCUGCCCCCAGCAGAGCUACAGAAGUCUUAAACACUGUUUACAGCACUGUUGCCUUCCACAAAGGGUUAAAUACUGUGGAGAGUCACCAGCGUCUUACAGAUGUCCGACUGUACCUGCGUCCUCACACCAGCUCAUGUUGGUACAAUGCACAUACUUCUGUUAUUCACCAUCUGAUGACAAGAAACUUGAUAUUGAUUCACCUUUUUAAUGUUCGUGAAAAUGUUAAUAUGUUACACUUAUAAAUAAAAAGACCGUUUUAUGCAUUAGAUUGCUGAAUCACUGCUUGAAUAUAAAAUGACUUUAUUGUCUACACAGCAAGAUCAACAGUACAAGUGUCAAAGAGAAGGAUGUUGUUGCUCUGUCAUUUUAUAAAGGCACUUUGUUUCAAAUCGUGUGAAAUAUACAAAAAAAAAAAAAACCACACGGUUGGAUUAGCGGGCUUUUAUGGAGUUCUAGUUACCACAGUAAGGAUUUUUUUUUUUUUUUUUUUUUUACAAAAACAUAAUUUUUUAAUUCUAAGGAAAUCCGUGGUUCCUGGUGCAGAAUUGAAUCUGCACCCACACUGGCACUACUAUAGUGGAAAAGAGGUACCUGAACCAUAAUCACUUAAAAAAAAAAAUUCGUAAGUGCUAUGGACUGUUUCUGCUUACAUUUGAAAAAGAAAAAAACAAAACAAAACGUACAAAUUCAUAAUCGAGGGAUAAAAAAGAAAAAAAGGUAAUUCUAUCUGGUGUUGGUGCAAGCUAACCAUUUUGGCAUAAUAAUGCCAAUACUAUAAAUCCAUUAUCAAUUCAGCCAAGAAACUCUGCACACUAUAGAGCAUUAGUGAUCAGUUCACUCUCUGGCUUCUCCAGCCUGCACAUCAAAUAUCCUUGGGCAAGAUACUAAACAUUUGCCCCUGCUGCAUCCCUCAGUGUUUGUGCGAAUGUGUGACCAGUAUUGAAAAAUGCGCUGGUUUGAAUGAGGCUUGCAGUAAAAAGCACCUGAGUACUCAGUGGUAAAGCAUUUUAAAAGUACACGUACCUUUAGCAAGAACCUAUUGACAUCCAACAGACCUGCAGUUUUACUGCACGGGCCGCAUUAUCAUCAUUAGUCAUAGAAUAAUUAUAGGCUGUCAGUUAUUUGUGACUAUCAGACACGCUAAAGGCAGGGUGACAGGUUUUUAACAAAGUAAUGAUGUAAUGGACCUACAUGUCAUGUGGAUGUCGUGCUGUACUCUAUAGUAAACAGUACUCUAUAGAGGUUACAGGCUUGCUUACAUUGCACAGUGUUCAGAUAAGGCUCAGUUUUCUUAAAUUACAAGUUCAUGUGUCAUUAAGUAAUAAGGCUGCCAGCAUGUGGAAGGGCUUUGGUGCCAAGUGAGGCAAUAGUGCAAUGAUGUGACCU